UCUCUCUCUCUCUCUCUCUCUCUCUCUCUCUCUCACACACACACACACACACACGCACGCACGCGCGCAAAAGAUGGCAAGCACAGUUCAAUAUAGGAUAAAGCUACUGAAUCUAUGUGUGUUGGUUUCAUGCUUAGUUCACCAAGUUAAUGGAUACGGCGGCGGUUGGCAAAGUGCCCAUGCUACAUUUUACGGCGGCUCUGAUGCUGCCGGCACUAUGGGAGGAGCAUGUGGCUAUGGGAAUUUGUACAGCCAGGGCUAUGGUACAAGCACCGCAGCACUAAGUACUGCACUGUUCAACAAUGGGUUGAGCUGCGGCGCCUGCUACCAAAUGAAGUGCAACGCCGAUCCAAAGUGGUGCCGCUCCUCCACCAUAACCGUCACCGCCACCAACUUCUGCCCGCCGAACUACGCUCUCGCCAGCGACAACGGCGGCUGGUGCAACCCCCCUCGCCGCCACUUCGAUCUGGCUCAGCCCGCCUUUCUUAAAAUCGCCGAGUACCGUGCUGGGAUUGUUCCUGUGGUCUUUAGAAGAGUUGCAUGCGCGAAGAAAGGAGGGAUGAGGUUCACGAUCAACGGCCAUUCAUACUUCAACUUGGUGCUUAUAACAAAUGUCGGUGGGGCAGGUGACGUACACACUGUAUCCAUUAAGGGCUCCCGCACAGGAUGGCAGCCCAUGACAAGAAACUGGGGGCAAAAUUGGCAAAGCAACUCUUUUCUCGACGGUCAAUCCCUCUCUUUCCGCGUCAUCGCCAGCGACGGCCGCACCCUCACCGCCAAUAACAUCGUCCCCCACGGCUGGCAGUUCGGUCAAACCUUUGAGGGCCCACAAUUCUAAUUCCCAAUUCAACUUUUAUCACCCAUCUUUAUAUCAUAUAUAUGUUCUUUUUAUUUUUAUUUUUCCUUUUUCAAAAAAAAAUGUGAAGCAGCCAAAAGGCCUGUUUGUUACAUGACUAAUAAUAAUAAACAUUUAUGCAUCUAAAAGUUGUAAUUUAUAUAAGUUUUAUUUGUAGUAUAUGUUACUUUUUUUUUUAAUU